UCGAGCCGGCUGGUCAUUGUCCACGCAGCACCGCAGUGAGGCUUGUGCACUGCGCCACUCGGAGACAGAUAUACACACCAAGCCAUCUCUCCUCCUCCUCUCUCACAUUCUCGCCUCUCCUCCAUCCGGCAGCAUCCUGCUCUCACCUCCGCCGCUAGCAACCAUGGCCAGCACCGUAUCAGCCUACUCGGACAAGAUCAAAGAGAUGUCCAUGCUGUCUCUGAUCUGCUCCUGCUUCUACUCACAACCACAUCCCAACAGCCUCUACCAAUGUGGAGACAUGGAGGUGAAGUCCCUAAACAAGCGGGCGUCCGGCCAGGCCUUUGAGGUCAUUCUGAAGUCCCCCGCAGACCUCUCUCCUGACAGGCCCCAGCCCCUGCUCUCUCCACCCAAGAAGGACCUCUCCCUGGAGGAGCUCCAGAAGAGGCUAGAGGCUGCGGAGGAGAGGAGGAAGUCUCAGGAGGCCCUGCUCCUGAAGCAGCUGGCUGAGAAGAGGGAGCAUGAGCGAGAGGUGCUCCUCAAGGCCCUGGAGGAGAACAACAACUUCAGCAAGAUGGCAGAGGAGAAGCUCAACUACAAGAUGGAGGUCAACAAAGAGAACCGCGAGGCCCACCUGAACGCACUCAAGCAGCGGCUCCGGGAGAAGGAAAUCCAUGCCGCUGAGGUCCGUAGAAACAAGGAACUCCAAGCUGACCUCUCUGGUUGAAGACAUUUUCUACAGUUUUGUCAAGAGAUUAUCGUCUGAUGGGUUUUGAUUGGAAGAAAUGCUACUUUUUUAAAUCUCGAUGUCUGAAAGGCUUUUGCAUUGUUCAAUAUACACUGGUUUCACAAGCUAAUAAUUCAACAACAAUUUCCACAGAUUGUUUCUCAUCUCUCAAUUUAUUUUCUGAAAAUAAUAUUUAUAUUGAGCACAGGUAGAGCUAAAGUAGGGCCCAAGGUCAAGGGUCAGAUUUACUAAACAUUUGCACCUUUCUUAAGACUGCACCUGUGAGUUCAUACAAGGGAACAAAAUGAAAACAAUUGAAACAUUUCUCUUACCUUUAUUUUACCUUUUGGUUUAAAUCGUUGUGUUUGGUUCUCUCUGGAAAAAUAACCUGUACAAUUUUGUGCUAGUACAAAUGCUUGGUAAGUCAGGCCCUCUGUGUGUGUCAGACCUAAGAAGCUACGGUUAUAUCAUCAUUAUGAAUUGCCCUUAUUGAUCCAAAAACAUAGCUCAAUAGUUACGUUUAAUUCUUAUAGGAAGUAAUGAUUAUGCUGCAUCUGUACUGUGAGCGAACCUGUUACACAUAUUUCCAAAAGGUCUUUCUCUACACAUUCCCCCAUCUAUUGCAUAAGGUACUGUAUAACAGGGGAGCAGAGCCAAGCUAAAUUGAUGUGUUUCCCUGUGCCAGAGGCUUGCUUGGGCCAUGUGUAAAAGGGGAAUCUGAUAAUAUACGAUAUUCAGCACACUCUAUAGGAAAACACCAUAACCUGGUCAUUCAUCAUAUAUAGUCACACCCAUUGUCAGUUUGUGCAGUCGUCUUCAAUCAAGCAUGCAACGUCAAUCAAGUGACUGUAUAAAAUGGAGCACAGUCGCAUUUAGGCUUCAGUUCAAUAAAGUUCAGUAUUCACUUUGCCGUACAUACGUUUAAACUGCUUUAAGAGUGGGUUCCGGUCUCUUUUAGGUUUAAUUUCCUAGCUACUGAAAUCUCCCACACAGUCUGUUUAUUUCUGAAUCACUCACUUGUGACUGUUGUGUGUCACUUUAAGGGACUACAUUUAGUAACAAAAUGACUCCACUAUAGAGUGCCAUAGUUUGUUUGCAGUGCGACACAGAGUCAAUAUGACAGAAUUUGUUUUAUGCAAAUGAUAUGCAAAAGGUUUAUUUUAUUUUAUUAUUGGAUUAUGAUGUGAACUUUGGCAUGUAAUGUAGAGGUAUCAAAUGCUGACACAUAGCACUGAAUGUAUUGCCAGACACACUUACCCUUCUAGAAGCAUAUAGGCCUACAUAUGCCGUAUCUUAAUUUGAUCAUCCUGUUGUUGCAGGAAUUUUAGGUUUAAAAAGGCUUCUAAAGUUUGUAAUUUCCAGUUUAAAAUUUCAGACUUGAUUUGCCCUAAUGAAAAAUGUAUCAACCCCUACAAAAAAUGUCCAUACAUUAUAAUCCACAUAAUAAUUCACAGUUCCUGUUGCUGCAGGAUAAUUUUUCUGCUGUAGCAAACUGGCUCAAAUUAAGAUCCUACAUCUGUAGACUACUUGUGCCUGGUUUCCCUAUACCAGUAUUAUUUGGGAUAACGCUGCUCAGCUUCAGUGGGGUUACGCUAGGACCCAGUCCCUUCAUGCUGGUGCUUGACUUGGUUGGUUGUCACCAUGCAUUAAGUAACAUUGACAUCGUGCCAACUUCUGUUUUUAUUCUCUUUGUCUAAGAUGGGACCACCAAGCCAAUAUGCUUACACAGUACAUAAAAACACACACACACACACACACACACACACACACACACACACACACACACACACACACACACACACACACACACACACACACACACACACACACACACACACACACACACACACACACACUGUGGGCCAUUCAUUUAACUUAGAUUCAAUGCAUACAGCGACUCUGUGUGGAUAACUCAACAAUAUAUCACCUUUAAUAAAAGGUUAACUGGCUGUUGUUGCUAGAAUAUAAAGUCUGAUGAACUAUAAUAAAGUUGGUGAUACCUUA